AUGCCGGCUGUUAUAUUGAAAAAUUUCGCCGAAUUAAUCCUAUCGCUGCUAUCGGUACCAAAUUCCGACCUGAGAUGUUGCAUUUAUCAGUGUUUCUAUCGAAUUCUUCAGCAACAGCCGGCCGAUACAACACUGUCAUUUGAUACGAAUGUGCAUCUGAUCGUUGCACUACGUGAACUGGUACCAUCAGUUCCGGAUCCCGCUGUUACAGCAUUCUGGAUUCAGGUAUGUGUGAAUUGUUUGCUUGAUUAUGUUUCAUUAUAG